AUGGAGGGCAAGGAAACCAACAGUCAAGUCUCCGGUCAUGAGUCCGGAUAUGCUUUCACACCUCCUUACCCACAGAGCUACAACAUGCUUCCCUUCGGAGCUCCUGGCAUGCCGGGCUUUGCUCCGCAGCAGGGACAGUAUAUGAUGGCCCCAGGCAAUCCGAAUCCGUCCCAGCCAUUGCAGCAGGAAUGCCCCUUCAUGUACUCCCCUUUCUAUGGUAUGCAAAGUAUGGCUCACGCUCUUCCUGGCGUCAUAGGACAAGCUCACGGGAUGCAAGCUGGGCUGCCUGCCGCGAACACUCAGCUCCAGCUCUCAGUCCGUCCCAAGCAGACGGGGUUUGCCCCAGCUGGUUCUCACUGGGCUCCGCGCUCUUCUUUGCACCAGCUCCUGGAGCAUGACUCUGAGCAUCGUGAGAUAGCUACCCAGGCUGCUGACUGUGAGAAGAGUUUCGACACGGUGGCCCUUCCCACUGAGAUGCCGAUUGGGAGCCAAGUCCACAAGAGAAUGCCCCCUCAGUGGGGAGUGGUAAAGAUCGCGAACAUUCCCUACUCAGUCACCCGGCAGGAAAUCGUUCAGUUUCUAGGCCGCCAAGCACGCCUUGUUACUCCGCAACAGGGCUGCGCAAUCCAUAUCAUCAUGGAGCGUUCCACCGCUAAGACAAUGGACUGCUAUGCGGAGUUCCAGUCCACGACUGAUGCCCAGGAGACUGCUACUCGCAUCAACCGAAUUUAUGAGACUGGCCGCGCUCCUCGUCUGGGUAAUCGUUCUGUUGAUGUUGAGUUCAGUAACCAAGACGCUCUGCUCAAGGACCUGUUCCCCGUGCCAAGUGCAUCAUCUGGAAAGAUGCUAUGCCUACCGCCAUCCCCAAUGAUGACCCCUUUUCUACUGGGUUCUCGGGCUUUUUCACCAGCGAGGAAAUCCACACUCUACAAGGUAAACCCUUUUCGUCUGAUGCUAUUGUGCUUCCCGUGGUACGCUACCAAGCUGUACACAGUUCAUGACCGCAAUCAGUUGUUUGAACUGGUUAAUCGUCACAUCCUCUCUCUCGUUGCGCGAGUCAAGAGGUCGAACACAGUUGGUCUUGAUCAAAGGCUGCUGAGAGAACUUCUUUAUGCUGGAUUGAAUUGUCCUGCCUUCAAUGAGCGCCAGAAGUUCACCCUUUGUGUCAAUUCGGAGGAUACCACAGAGAUCUUGAAGUUCCCAGAUAUGGGCAAAUGGUUCCCUUUUGAUACUCUCGUCAAGUUGCCAAAGACCGAAGAGAGCACGCUGCUUCUGCCCAACAAUUUCCCUUUGACCAACAUUCACCUUGAGUCUCCUUACGGUCCUAUCUGGCUCGAAUGGCCGUCCAACAUAGCUAAAACCAUGACCUGGGAAGAUGCUUCCUCGCAUGAGAUGAGCAUCCUUAGCCAUCUUGUCCUGACGGGCUGGAUGAAGAAUGAUCAGGAGAACACAAAGAAAUCCGGCCUACUGUCCGAGUCCACUACCGGAAGCAGCCGCGAGUCCCAUGCCAAUACCAUCGUGUCCUCUGGAAGCGAUAAUAGUCCAGUCAAUGUUCGGACAUCUUCCAGGACUGAUAUUUUCGCGACACCUUCUCGCCGUGCAAGCGUUCAACUUGGCAGCCGCAGCUCCUUCGCUGAGAGCAGCGAUGACGGCUGGCGCCGUGCAAUGUAUAUGCAUUCUUCGGCCGGGAUACGAGGUAGGUUUCCAGGUCAUCGGAAUACCCUGUCUUCUCCCACUUGUCUUCCGUCCGCAGGCAACCAUUAA